UGUGAGCGUGGAGCCUGCGCGUAUCCGCGCGCUCAAUGAAUGCGUGAGCGAGGCGCUCCAGGAGGAGUGUCCGAGUGUUUACACGAGUCAAACCGCUCCGUGUGUGUGUGUGUGCGCGCGCGCGCGUGUUCGUGUGUUUAUGUGUGCGUGCGUACGUGUGUAAGAGCGAAUAUGCCGUCGCUGUGGGAUUGUUGCCACUGCUGCCCGACACAUUGAGAAAUAAAUACGAAGAUCGAGAGGAGCGACCGGCGUCCAGCCAUGGGAGGCCAAAUCACCCGUAACGCCUUGUAUGAUUCUCUGGGUGGCCCAUUCCCUCCAUCCACUCACCGAUGCCACCAGAAGCCGAAGCGCUGCUUGCCCUUACAGCCAUGCAUGGGUAUUCCCGUCAGCCCGCUGCUCUUCCACCCCAGUGCCAAGGGCUCACAGAUCGUCAUGGACGGGGCCCAGAGGACGGUCAAAAGACAGGCCAGCUUUUGCAACGCUAUCACCUUCAGCAACAGACCCAUCGCCCUGUACGAACAGGUCCGCCUCAAGAUCACGAAGAAGCAGUGUUGUUGGAGUGGUGCUCUGCGUCUGGGCUUCACCUCCAAAGACCCAUCACGCAUCAACCCGGACAGCCUGCCCAAGUACGCGUGCCCAGACCUUGUGUCUCAGAAUGGUUUCUGGGCCAAGGCUCUGCCCGAGGAGCUAGCCAAUGAGGGCAACCUCGUUGCCUUCUGGGUGGACAAGAAGGGCCGCGUCUUCUACCGCGUCAAUGGCUCCAGUCCCAUGCUAUUCUUUAGCGGAGUGCGCACCACCGAACCGCUCUGGGCACUCAUCGAUGUCUAUGGUCUGACUCGAGGAGUCCAGCUACUCGAUAGUGAGAUCAUCCCUCCAGACUGUCUCCGUCCACGUUCCUUCACUGCAGUACGAGGCCCCUCAUCCCUGCGACGUGAGGCAGAGUCCUCCCGCCUGUCCGUCAGCCUCUGUGACCUCAACCUGGCACGAGACGAGGCUAGACUCCGCCUCCCAUCCGCACCCAUCACCAGCUCCCGCCCCAUUCCACAAAAUUCUCUGAACUCGUUCCUCCCAGCUGCCCUGGAAAGCGAGCUGCGUUUCCAUCAGCUGCGGGGCAGCCACCUUAAAGCCGUGGAUGAGCAGACAGUGGCACGCUGCGGUCAUGGGCACGAAGAAGAAGGCACACUGGUAUUCACCGAGCGUCCAUUGCGCCUCUCAGAGACCAUCUACAUCACAGUGAGCAAGUCAAGCCUGGCUCGCUCAGGCUCACUGUCCUAUGGUGUGACCUCGUGUGACCCCGCCACACUGCGCCCAAUGGAGCUUCCCUCAAACCCAGAGGAGCUGGUGGACCGCAAGGAAUUCUGGGCUGUGUGCAAGGUGCCCUCUUCGCUCCACUCUGGAGAUGUCCUGAGCUUCCUCCUCACACAGGAUGGAGAGCUGAUCCUGAGCCAGAACGGCACCAGCGCAGGCAUGCAGGCAUGUGUCGAUAACUCCCGCCCUCUCUGGAUGUUCUUUGGGCUGCAUGGUGCCAUCACGCAGCUAAGGAUUUUGGGGUCUAUCCACCCGAGUGAUACUCAAGGCCCAUCCAGCCCUAGCUCACCCUCCUCUUCCUCACCUCACUCACUUGGAGCAGGCCUAUGCAGUGGCAGCUCAGAGCCAAUGAUAAAUGCAGGCUGCUCUGGAGCUUUCUGCACCUCCGUCACAGGAACAACCCCAAGCUCACCCGUCCAUCUCUCCAAGUCCCCCACCUUCCCAUCAUCCUCCAGCUCAUGGCUGGACGAGUGCUCCAUCUGCUACGAGAACGCAGUGGACACGGUUAUCUAUGCGUGUGGUCACAUGUGCCUGUGCUACAGCUGUGGCCUGCGCCUCAAAAAGAUGGCCAACGCCUGCUGUCCAAUCUGCAGGAGGGCUAUUAAAGACAUAAUAAAGACCUACCGGAGCACAUAGGAGCCAUAUUCCACUUCUGUAAUACACCAUACGAUGGCCCAUGAGGGCCAAAACAAAGACACAUAAUGAGACCCUCACAUACGGGAAAGAGGUUUCUGGUUCAGGGACAUAUUCAUGGCCUUUCAUGGUUCCCAUGGUGAUGAAUUUGAACCUUAAAGGCUCAGGCAUCCGUCCUCAAAAAGGUCUCUUACAGUUUCAUGCACAAGGCUUUGUUGCUACGGUAACCAGUCGUGACGCUGCUCAGGAAAGGAGGAUUCUGACUAAAGCGCUCCACAUAGGAGAAAAAGGAGACGCAAAACUGUAAACAGCCUCAAGCAAAUCAGGAAGUUCCAGGAGACAUUAAUAUCUGAAAUGUUAAUAUCUCCAUCUUAUUUUCAACUCUUUCAACUCUAUUUGAGCCAUAAGAGACUCGAAGGGUCUCGUCCGUUUGCAGAAGUGGAAAGCUGGACACCAUGUUUAACAUUGAAAGAUAUGGAAGUGGAUCUUUGUUUUCUUCAACCUUUUGGCUGCCCUUAAAAACUCAAACUUUUCCGUCAGAUUCAUGUUAAAUGUUUCAGUGUCACAAUUUCUGUCUGUGUACAGCUGAGAUUAAUACACAUAAAACACACAAACACACACAUGUACAGUAUGCCCCAAGCCUCAUGCUCUCAGAGCUAAUGCUUAAGCUACUAUUCCAGAUAGCUUGCUAAUGCUACAUGCUUUGCAGUCAGUGUUGAUGUCUUGAAUCGAUGAAAGGACCUUCAAGCACUGAUGACAGUGCAAUGCUGUGUUAAGCAGCGGUAAUGUGAAGCCUCAGUUCACUGCUGAUACAAACAGAUUAGAAAUUUCACACGAUAAGAUGGUGCUGCUGGUGCAUUACAGAUGUGCCUGAUUAGUCAAAUAACAUUUAAUCUCAUGUUAGUCAUAGUUUACUUCAACAGGCGCUUAAAUAAGACCUAAAAUGGGAUCAAUUCUAAAUUAAUCAAGUAUUAUGGCAUUUUUAAGCUAAGCAUAAGAAUAAUAUAGCUUGAAAUAUCAGGCACAAUUGCAGUUUCUAAGUAGAACUUGCUACACUUUACAGGACUAUAAUGAGGCUAUGCUGGUGUACAUUAAUAGUGUAAUGUUAACAGGACCACACAUUAUAGCGGCAUUAUGAGAAAGUCGAAGCUAAUUUUUUGAAAGUGGCAAAUAAGCUAGUGGCUCAGCUUGUGUUUACUGUGGAUGUUUGAUAUUUGUGUGGUGGUUUUGGGAAACCCCAUCAGAUGUCGCUGUGGUUGUGAGUUCUCAUCAAAAAUCAGGUUUUGGCCAAAAUCAUCCAAGAUCAACUUUAAGAUACCAUUACUACUGUAUAUUUCACCAAAAUGACAUGGAAAUGUUUUGGAUUUCUUCCUGCAGAAGUCACAGUAGGUAAGGAGCCAGUUUAACAAACGCAGCAGUAAAUGUAGACAGUUUACCUAAAUACGUCUAAUAGCUUAAAAAGUCAAGAUGUCAUACAAACUCUGUUUUAACAAGCAUUUCAAUCCACACCGGCAGUAUUAGAGACACAUCAAAGCCAAGCUUGCAUUUCCCACUGCCUUUGUUUUACACUUCACGUCUAUUUUUUGACUCGCACAUGUGAGUGAAGAGUAAACUCCUGAGAAAUCAGCUGAAAUCACAAACCACACUUUAAAGCAUAAUCCAGAAAGAUCAUGAUUGUGCAACCUGGAAUUAUAAAGCAAAGUGUUUGCACAGUAUGAUACUGUUAUACCAACACGGGGAAGCAAAUUAAAACACAAACAUCCUAGUUGUUCAACAUCGUAAUGCCUUAUGUCACAUUUUUUAAUGAAGUUGAGCAAUGUGAUUUUUCACUUCUUUUGGUUUUUAGGUGCUUUAUCGUUGUAUUAGUGCACUCGUAAUGACAGUUGGCAAGUAGUUGAUGGAGUAUGGAGCAGAUUUCCUCAUCUUGUUCUUAUGUUUAUACAAUAGUUAGUUACGGUCCAUUAAUUCGAUUGAUCAAGUGGCGUUCCAAUAGUGCUUAUAUUUCCUAUAACCACACAGGGGAGUUUCACUCGUCUUAUGUUCGCCAGAUAAACAUUCCACUUCCUGUUUCAAAAUGGUUACUACACACCUGGGUAAAAAAAAAAAGGUCUUAA